AUGUCAGCACAUGUUCGAUCACUCGAUCUAAUACUGAUAUGUUUAGAACAACGAAAAUUUGAUUAUGGUGAAAUAUAUAAGAAUAUAAAAUGGAAAUUUAUUGAACCUAUUCAAAAUAUAAUUAAAUUAAAUAAAAAACCAUCAUUAACAUUUGAUAACCUUUGGUUAAAGUGUAAAUUGCCUGAUGAUCAAACAAGACUUGAUUUUAAAAAUAAAUAUAUUCAGAAUCGAUUUGAUGGAUAUGAUAACACUUUACAAUUAUCAACAUGUAUUCAUUGUGAAAUUCGUUUGAUAGAUUAUCUAAUCGAACAAAAUAUACAUGAAAUUUAUAAUUCUGAUGAUAUUGAAAUUGGUAUAUCAAAAUUAUUAUGUUAUCCUUGUACAUUAUAUAUUGACAAAUUAAAUACGAAAUUUUUGUGUUGCUAA